GGCUCGACAGCGGGCACUGCGUCAUCUGGCAAGGCAGUGGGCUCCGAGUCAACUGGCAUGACUGCGGGCACUGGGUCAGACAUUGGAUCGUCUGGCUGGACAGCGGGCAUCGGGUCACCAGGCAUCAGGUCAUUUGGCUCGACAACGGGCACUGCGUCAUCUGGCAAGGCAGUGGGCACCAAGUCACCAGGCACGACAGUGGGCUCUGAGUCAAUUGGCACGACAGCGGGCACCGGGUCAUUAGGUACCGGAUUGUCUGGCUCGACAGCGGGCAUCGGGUCACCAGGCAUCAGGUCAUUUGGCUCGCCAGCGGGCACCGCGUCAUCUGGCAAGGCAGUGGGCACCAAGUCACCAGGCACGACAGCGGGCUCUGAGUCAAUUGGCACGACAGCGGGCACCGGAUCGUCUGGAUCAACAGCGGGCAUCGAGUCAACUGGC